AUGUAUACUACACACCUGGGGGCUGCCUUACUGGCACUCGCAGCGAGUACGAACGCAGCAACCAUUCGAGUCGACGUCGGUAACAAUGGUGCAUUUGCCUUCUCUCCCGAUACUAUCAAGGCGAGCGUCGGGGAUACACUGGACUUUCAUUUCCACCCAAUCAACCACAGUGUUGUGAUGGGUGACUUUAGCAAUCCAUGUGCCCCUGCCAAGACGGGUGGCUUCUUCUCUGGGUUCAUGCCAGUUUCAUCUGGAGAAGCUACCGACUCUUUCCAAGUUAAAGUCAAUUCGACAGACCCAAUCUUCUUCUACUGUGCGCAGACUGUUCUCGAGCACUGCAAGAACGGCAUGUCUGGUGUAGUCAAUCCGUCGUCCUCGCAGACACUCAGCGCCUACAAGAGCGCAGCAAAAUCUGUCAGCACAGCAAGCCACCCCGCCAAUGUGUUUGGAGGAGAUCUAGUUUCAUCCGGAUCUUCGUCUGCUUCAGCUAGCCCUAGCCCAACUAACAGCGGAGGAGGAGGAGGCGGCGGCGGCGGUGCUUAUGGAGGAGGUGGUGGAAGUGGUGGUGCUGCUGCGGAUGUGAGAGCUCCGGCCGGUGUGGUUGCGGCUUUUGCGCUGGGAAUGGCUGCGUUUCUGGUCGGGUAA